GAUGAAGUAACAAGAGAGUUUUUUUUCAACAUGAGUAAUCAGAAGAAGAGAAAUUUCCAGAUUGAUCCAAAAUACGCCGAUAAAACUUGGAAGAUUCUGGAACAUGCGAUUCAUGAGAUUUACAAUCACAACGCUAGUGGUCUCAGUUUCGAAGAGCUUUACAGAAACGCAUACAACAUGGUUCUACAUAAGUAUGGUGAUAAGCUUUAUACUGGACUUGUUACCACUAUGACAUUUCAUCUCAAAGAGAUAUGUAAGUCUAUUGAAGAAGCUCAUGGAGGUGCUUUCUUAGAAUUGCUUGAUAGGAAAUGGAAUCAUCACAACAAAGCGUUGCAAAUGAUUAUGGAUCGGACUUACGUUUCUAGUACUAAGAAAAGGCAUGUUCAUGAGCUUGGACUUCAUCUUUGGAGGGAUAAUGUUGUGUAUUCGAGUAAGAUUCAGACUAGGCUUUUGAAUACGCUUCUUGAUUUAGUUUAUAAGGAACGGACCGGUGAAGUUAUAGAUAGGUUGUUGAUGAGGAAUGUGAUUAAGAUGUUUAUGGAUUUGGGUGAAUCUGUGUAUCAGGAUGAUUUCGAGAAGCCGUUUUUGGAAGCUUCUGCUGAGUUUUACAAGGUUGAGUCACAGGGGUUUAUUGAGUCUUGUGAUUGUGGUGAUUAUUUGAAGAAAGCGGAGAAACCUUUUGUGGAAGAAGUCGAAAGGGUUGCUCACUAUUUGGAUGCCAAGAGCGAAGCGAAGAUUACUAGUGUUGUUGAAAGAGAAAUGAUUGCUAACCAUGUGCAGAGACUAGUUCAUAUGGAGAAUUCAGGUUUGGUUAAUAUGCUUUUGAAUGAUAAGUAUGAGGAUAUGGGUAGAAUGUACAGUUUGUUCCGCAGGGUUGCCAAUGGUCUUGUUACUAUUAGAGAUGUUAUGACUUUGCAUCUUAGGGAGAUGGGAAAACAGCUGGUUACCGAUCCAGAGAAAUCAAAGGUUCCCGUUGAAUUUGUGCAGCGUCUAUUGGAUGAGCGGGAUAAGUAUGACAAAAUUAUCAACAUGGCAUUCAACAACGUUAAGACGUUCCAGAAUGCGCUGAAUUCUUCGUUUGAGUAUUUCCUCAACUUGAACACCCGUUCUCCUGAGUUUAUCUCCUUGUUUGUUGAUGAUAAACUACGAAAAGGACUAAAAGGUGUGGGGGAGGAGGAUGUGGAUCUUAUUCUUGAUAAGGUGGUGAUGUUGUUUCGCUAUUUACAGGAGAAAGACGUUUUUGAGAAAUACUACAAACAACAUCUGGCAAAAAGGCUUUUGUCUGGAAAAACUGUGUCGGAUGAUGCUGAGAGGAAUCUGAUAGUUAAACUGAAGACAGAAUGUGGGUAUCAGUUCACUUCGAAACUGGAAGGUAUGUUCACUGACAUGAAGACCUCACACGAUACACUGCUAGGAUUUUAUAAUAGCCAUCCCGAGCUUUCAGAAGGACCGACACUUGUUGUUCAGGUUCUCACAACCGGUUCUUGGCCCACAUAGCCAACCAUACAGUGUAACCUACCUGCAGAAGUUUCUGUUCUGUGUGAGAAGUUCAGGUCAUAUUACCUCGGGACUCACACCGGCAUGAAAUUGUCUUGGCAAACCAAUAUGGAAACAGCAGAUAUCAAAGCAGUGUUUGGAAAGGGUCAGAAGCUUGAACUAAAUGUUUCGACUUUUCAAAUGUGUGUCCUUAUGUUGUUCAACAACUCUGAUCGACUGAGCUACAAAGAGAUCGAACAGGCAACUGAAAUCCCCACCUCAGACCUAAAGCGUUGCUUGCAUUCAAUGGCGUGUGUAAAAGGUAAAAACAUGCUAAGAAAAGAACCAAUGAGCAGAGAGGACUCAUUCGUUGUGAACGACAGGUUCGCAAGCAAGUUCUACAAAGUGAAGAUAGGAACUGUGGUGGCACAAAAGGAGACAGAACCGGAGAAGCAAGAGACAAGACAGAGAGUAGAAGAAGACAGAAAACCUCAGAUCGAAGCAGCUAUUGUGAGGAUCAUGAAGGCAAGACGAGUGUUGGAUCACAACAACAUUAUCGCAGAGGUCACCAAACAAUUGCAGUCGCGGUUCUUGGCAAACCCAACAGAGAUAAAGAAGAGAAUUGAAUCGCUCAUUGAGCGUGAUUUCUUGGGGAGGGAUAAUACAGACCGAAAACUUUACCGCUAUUUAGCGUAAAAAGUUUUGAGAUGAUUGAUUACGAGUCCCUCUGUUUAUUUAGCGUAAAAAUAUCGUUUUGUAAAAAGAAAACACUAUUUAAUGUUUUAUCUUGAAUACCCUAAACUCCAA